UUGUAUGAAAAAGCCUUCCACCGUUUCAGCAGACAUCCCUGCAGACGAAGCCGAAGCCGUAGAAUUCGUCGCAGUUACACACGUGGUACUGAUUGUCCGGCAAGGCUCCACGUUCGCCAGUACCAUGACUGCUUGAGGGUUACUUCCUACUACCUGGAGCACAACCAUCCACUCAGCAAGUUUAUUUUUGACAGGCUACCCAUCAACCGGCGACUGACAAAUGAUGAAUUAAAGGAGUGUUUUACCCUUUUGAAAUACGGUGCUCCGUCAUCGGAGAUUCAGCAGUACGUCGCCGACCACAUUAGAAAGGUACUCACUAUCAAGGAUGUGCGUAACUAUCGCGCCAAAUGUCGAGCCCCAUUGUCAAGUAGGUCGUUGGUUAACUUUUACUUCUCUGUCAAGGGUCGAGUUUACAAUACUGCGGUGCGUUCCACCGCGGCGGCCGCCGCGCGCCGAGGACGUCAAAAGACUCAGUGUUUGACCAUCGAUGUCUUCGGAACACUGCCCGAAUCUGUUGGGAACACCGGAUCAGCAAUUCUGAAAGUACAACCCACAACAACGUGGGAGGAUGAGAGGCCUUGUUCAGGGGGUUCUUCUCUGGUCAUUGACACAGAAUUUCGACCUGUGAAGCAGUUGCGCUUUCUUGACGAACCGCACAGAGGCGACUAUGAGAAGGUAUCCAGCCAAGUAAGAAUACUUCCGCCCGGUGACUUAGCACGACACCAACCCCUGCAUAUCCCGCCGCAGCAGCCUCAGGAUCACGAGAGGUGCGCAGCCGAAAGCGAUUGGAGAAUGACGGAGUUGUUAGCUCAAUCACUUAGAGCAGCCGGAAGCGAACCAACCCCGAACCUGGAUGUCCAGGUGACUGUUUCCGUCAGACCUCUUACCAUUGACCAGCCUGGUAUGAGAGACUCUUCCGGCAUCGACUUUCAUCUACUCUUAUUGUUCCGAAUGGAAGUGGCAGCUACACCAUUGCCAUUCAAAGGUCAUCUGAGGAGCUUGUUUCGCAAAGGAAAAUCUGACGGUGAUAAAGCGGUCGAAGCCACCGAGUAUAUUUUCGCCUAUGAAGACAAGACACGACGAGAAGAAGCCAAGCAGGCUUUGUCCUUUGGACAGUCGGAUCUUUUCGGCCCCCCUCCAACCGAAUCCAAACUGAUUAGUGGUACACUUCCUUAUGAAUUUCCCCCGGCGUUCGAAUUUACUGGGAACACUAUAUGGGACACGGAAGCAGACAGUUCGCCUCAAUAUAAGACCAUCUUCACCUAUUCUGAGCUGCCAGUUACAGGAAAUUUUCUGGUCGAUCACGAAGACCCUCUCGGAACCCACGUGAGGGAAGCUUCUAGUGCCGGAUUAUCAAUCCUUCUUCGCGCUUUGUCCCUGCUUCUGCUGAUUUUGUUAUUCCCAUUCUUGUGUUGGUUCUCCAUUAAGCACUUGUCGGACAACGAACGGCUGAUUGUGUUUCGUCUGGGGAGACGUCUCAAACUCAAAGGUCCUGGUUUCGUCCUUCUUCUGCCAUUUUGUGACAGGCAUCACCUGAUCCGUUUGGAUGAACAAAAGCUUGAGGUCACUUCUGUUCAGGGUGGAACCGAAGACCAAGCAGUUGCGGAACUCAAGUGCUCGUUGGUUUACAAGCUGUCGGAUCCCGAUUACGCUUUUUUGUCGACCACAGAGCCACCGUCAAAAUGGCUGAAUACGCAAGCUCAAUUGUGUCUUCUUUCCUCACUCACUCGUCUGUCGUGGAAGCAGUUGAAUGAUGGUGGGGCUAAACAAGAUCUGGUGGCGGACGCUAUGAGCUCUCUCAAUCUUCGGUGUGGUGCUCAUGGAAUUAUUGUAUCUCAAAUGGAAAUUUUGGAACUUCAUCUCAUACGUCCGGCCCCUUCUCCUGAAACUGUAAAGAAGUUGAAAAUGUCUACAAUACAGAAGCAACUUCAGGCUAUCUCUUCAGCUUUUCUGCAUCGUGGUCCAACUAGUUCUGUACCUAGUAAACAAACAGAAAGAACAGAAAGCGUGGCGCUAACUACUGUCAACGAAUUGCCAGCCGCUUUGCCACCGACACAGGACAAUUCGAAGGUCCUGAAUUCUCCAUUGGACACGUCACGCUCCACUCGAGAAACUGUGUGUAAUCAGGCAAUCGCGCGUGCUCAACCGUUUCUCAACAACGAUUUGGCUUGUCGAGCACUCGGAAGAACUACGAUGCAAUUAUUUGUCUCGUCGAAGGCGUUUUCAGAACCUUUACCUACGGUUGCGAAUGCACUCGACGAUGAUCAACUUACUCUAAUGUAUCUGGAUUCCAGGCGUGGUCUUGCUGCGAUGGGCGCCUUACCGACAGAAGAACCACCAACUGUCACACUCUAUCUGACUGCUUCCGACAUGUCUGAUGUUUUGAACGGACGCCUUAACUUGAUGGAAGCUGUCAAUCAGAAAGCUGCUUUCAUGGUGGGCGACGCUGCUGUUUUCAACAAAUUACGCCAUUUGCUUUAUCUGAAGACCGCUUAGAGCUAAUGCUGUAAUUUAAAUGUUUCCGCUUUUUGGCAUUUCCUCCACAUCAAUUAGUGUGCAAUACAACCGUUCUCACAUGUCCUUCAUUGUUAGAUGAGCAUUUAUUCAUUGAUUUUCCAAUUUAACUUUGAGGCUUGCUUUGAUCACUUGGCUUUCAUUUAAUGUCACUUUGUUUAUGUAUCGUUGAAGCUAACUUAGGCUGCUCGUGCCCUUUCAUUCACACCAUGUUAUUUCUUCAUUUCAUGUUAUUUCUUGAAAAAUAACCUGUCACAUUUUGUGAUGCCAACAAAUGUUCCCGUUUGUUUGUUUCACGCAUUCGUGGGUUUUGAGCGAUUGGACCCAUUUGAGGUGUUCAUGUUAUCGUCCACGUUUACGGUAUGUACAG